AUGCAAGCAUCUACACGUUUAAAAUCAUCAACACUCGAUCGAUCUUUACAGAAAACAAAAGGAGAUGCAAAUUUGAGCACAUUUGCACUGUUAUUUUCUGAAAUGGUGCAAUAUUCACAGAAUCGUGUUGAUAAUAUACAUGAUCUUCAAAACAGAUUAGCUGACUUUGGUAAACAUGUAGGUAUUCGUGUGCUCGAUUUAUUCUUUUUACGUGUUGGUAAAGAUAAACGUGAGGUACGUCUCACACCAAUGCUUGUAUUUAUUCAAAAAGUUUUUUGGAAGUAUUUAUUUAAUCGUGAAGCCGACAAUCUCGAACAACAUGCACAAGAAGCAAAUGUUUAUUAUCUUAUUGAACGUGAAUGUCUUGUUAAUAAAUUUAUUUCUGUUCCGAAUGAUAAAAGCAAUUUAAAUUGUGCUUCAUUCGUAGCCGGUAUUAUUGAAGGUGUCCUAUGUUCAAGUGGUUUUACAUGUAAAGUUCUCGCUCAGCAAGGACCUCGUGGUACAACUUAUAUAAUUAAUUUUGAUAAAUCAGUUAUGGAACGCGAAAGUCGACUUGAUAGUAAAUGA